AUGUGCAAAGCUCCUAAGAAGUGGCGUGAAGAUUUGCGUUGCGGACGAGGCUACAAGGCUGAAGACCAAACCCCGGCCGCCGAAUGCGACCCUGGCAGUAAUUUCCCAUGCUGCUCCUCGGACAACUGGUGCGGCAACACUGCGGCCCAUUGUGACUGUCUGGCGUGUGUCGACUACAGGAAAACUGGGAUUUGUGCCAAUGGAACCAUCCUUGACCUGGCCCAAGUAUGUGACGGUAGAGACGACUGUGGAGGCAAUACGGACGAACUACGCUGCUGUGAGAGAAAAGGCGAGAUAGGCUGCAGCAAUGGACGAUCCCUUUCUGCCUGUGACAAUGGUGCCCUGUUCCACCCGUUUGCUCGAUGUGACGGCAGAGAUGACUGUGGAGACAACAGUGAUGAGAAGAACUGUGACUGUUACUACCUACACGACAAAGGGGCAAGCUACAGGGGCCGUGGAAACCAACAACACUUCUGUCAGUACUGGACAUCUCAGUACCCCCACGCCCAUAACCACACUCCCGAGGCCUACCCGUCAGCAGGGCUGGAGCGGAACUACUGUAGGAACCCGGACGGGAAGGACAGACCGUGGUGCUACACCAACAACGCAACAAUCAUGGCAGGAGACCGGCUGUGUCAGAGAUGGGACUCACAGUUCCCCCACAGCCAUCCCCACACACCGCAGGCUCAUCCUGAUGCGGGGCUGGAGGAAAACUUCUGCCGUAACCCUGACAACAAGGACCGGCCCUGGUGCUACACCAGGAACGGGACGGAGACGUGGGGCUACUGCGACGUGACGGAAUGUCCUGACCCCACGUCGUCGGACUAUGUUCCCAGAAAGUGUAACAGCUCCUGUAAAGGAGAGUGCGGACAGAGUUACAAACAAUUUUACUCGUGUCAGUGUGACCAGGACUGCAGCUUUUUCAGCGACUGUUGUAGCGACAUUGGAGAGGUAUGCAACUUCAACACAACAGCUCAAAAACCAUCUGAUCGUGACCAUGAAAAGUGGAAGUGCCUGUCGGGAUAUGACAAGGGAAGAUCUUAUUGGCUGGUGGCUGGCUGCCCUGACGACUGGAUGGACGACGUCACAAGAGAUCAGUGUUUAAAGCAAGCUGAUCCCAACAACCCGGGUGACCUGGUCUACCGGAUGCCCGUGCAAGAUAGCUCAACAAACUCUUUAUACGACCCAUUUGUAGACUCGUGUCGAUCUCUCUCGUCCCUAAGUCACGGCUCUUUGAACAAAACUUCCCAUCUCCAAAACUGCAGCAGACCCAUUCUGAAUUUCACAUCCGAAGAGUUCGAAAUCCUUCCCAAUGGCAGUGUCCGCCUGUUGAGUUCUAACGUGUCGUGCCCAGCUGAGCAGGUGGCCAUUCUGAACACAGAAGCGUCAGUCUGUGGGGACUGCCUACUGGAGUAUUUUUCCAACGACACGCUCCAAACCUCGGACCCUGUCCAGCACUGGUUAACCCUGGGUCUUGUGAUAGUGUCUGACGUUGCCGUGUCUGGUUUUGUGGCUCACACUUACAGGUCAGGCCAGUGGAAAAAACUCCCGGAAAAGCUGAAGGUACAGAUGAUGACAUGCAUGGCAGUUGCCGUAACCCAGUUUGUGGGACGUGUGUUCCUCUCUCCCGGACCAGGCUGUACAGUUUAUGCAAUACUUCUGCACUACUUUAUUCUGACGGCCUUUACAUCCAUGAACGUGCUAGCUGUAGAUCUCUUCCUUACAUUUCGUGAGGAUUCCGAAAGAGCCGAACUGUACAAGUACAUCUUGUACACCUGGCUGGUGCCGGUGCCUAUAGUCCUUGUCACAGUGAUUGUGGAAUUCGGCAGUUCUGUCAGGGUGGGUUAUGGAGAGCAGUGUUGGAUCGGCAAUCCAACAGCCAGUCUGGUGGCAUUUGGUGUUCCUGUCCUCUGCGCCCUUAUGGUCAAUUUUGUCUUCACCACUCUUGUGUUGUUGGCCAUACGGAAGUCAUUUCAGAUAGCCAGCACUGCUUUGCCACGCUCGGAGAUCAGCAAGAUCUGGGUCUACACGCGUAUCUCGUUUCUGGCGGGGUUCACCUGGAUUUUGGGAUUCAUUGUUCCUUUCGUCAAGAUCGCAGUUCUCGACUACAUCUUUAUUGUGCUGAAUGCUUCUCAAGGCCUGCUGCUGACCCUGCUGCUGACAAUGACGGGGAAGGUGUUGGAGGAAUGGAAGUAUGCGAUCAUGGUGCGCCUGGGUCUGAUCGAAGCUAACCAGGACGAUGGAGGAACCACCACUACCAGCAACCGGCGGACCAGGAGAACUGAGGUGACAACAGCAGGUGGAACCGGCACUGCUAUAGAGAUGACAAUUAUGGCCGAUGUAGAGGAGAACAGGACACGCCAUCGUGUGGGCAAGCCUCGUCAGGACAAGGGGCGGAACGCAACUGCCAGCAACCAGCCUACCACCGCAGGGGAAACUGAGGCAGAUGAAACUGGCACUGCAGGCAACUUGCAGACCCUCGCAGGUGGAGUUGGGGCUACAACAAGCGGCACUGACGUUGGUACUGAGAUACCCAUUAAAACCUUCGUCGAUGCUGAAGGAAAUCAAGCUGAAGACAGGCGUUCGACCUGCGCUGAAGAUGAGACCAGUUUCUGA